CAUCUGCUAUAAAAUGUUGACUAGAUGUUCAUAGGAGUUAAAAUCUUAUUGUGAUUUGAGUUGGUCAUUCAAGAGCAUUCUUUGGCACUCAUUUUGAUUAUUAGCAAUCGAAGACAACAUAAGAUUUGACCAAGAAAUUCUUCCAUGAACAUCAAGUCAGAUUUUUUAAGGCAAAGGUUAACUGACACACGGCCAAGUAAACUAACGAAUAAUUUAAAAACAACGUUUCGGAAAGAUAAAAACAUGAAUAAACAUAAGAUGGCCCAAUUACAAUUGGGAAAAAAAUAAGAAUUAUAUAUUACAUAGAUUUUGAAUAGGUAUCUUAAAUUAUUCAAUGUAAUGUAGAAAAAGUUAAACAAUAUGUAGAAGAAAUAAUAUUUAUGCUUGCUUAAUAUGAAAAAGAGCCUUAUUUAAUCAAACAAAAAAUAUAUAAAUAUACUUUAUCUAAUUAAAGAUUUGAAAAUCUUAUAAAUUAAUCAACUAAAAAACAUAAAAGUGUUGUCCAGUAAAAAUAUUAGUGAAUAAUUAUUAAAAGUAUAUUCAAAUAUAAUCAAUUUAUUAAAUUCUCAUUAAUCAAUUACAUAAAUACUUUAUAUCUACUUUAAAUCAAUCAAGAAAUAAUCAAUAUAUUUAUUAAUUUUAAUCGUAACAAGAAAUAUGCGUAUAUAACACUUAACAAUUGAAUUUUACACACACCAAUGUUAGAUCUUCAAUCAAUGAUUAUUUUAUUUUAUAUGAAGUUAAGAAAAGUUGCAAUGUCCAGUAAUGCUGUUUAGUAAAAAAUGAAAAUAUAUUUCAAUGUAGACUACAUAAAGUAGAAAUUAAAAAUUAUUUGUUUAAUUUGUGAAGUUUGGAUAUACAUUACUUAAUUAAUGGCACUUAGGAUUUUGUAUACAGGUAAUAUCAUUGGAAUUUAUUUUAUGUUAAGUUUAAAUUUGAAUACACGAUUUUCUAAGGCUUGUUAAUAAAUGUUGGUGCUUUUUUUUCAAAACAAUUUAACAUUAGUAGUUGGCCAAUGGUAGAACUCCACUAUUGUUUUUAUAUUUAUUUAAUACUUUUUUUUUUUAUCGAGUUUUAGUUUAUUAAACUAAUAUAGCGCAGUAGACUUUGAAUUUUAAAUAUUAUAAAAUCAAUAUUAAUAUGAACGAACCACAAACAAUAAAUGAACUGGAAGAAAAUAUCGAUGAGUUUUUGGAGGAGGAACCUCAACCCGAACCCGAACCUGUUGGGGAAUAUUUAGGAGAACGUAAUUCCUUGGGACAGCGUCAUGGAAAAGGCUGGGCUAUUCUUCCAAAUGGAGAUCAAUAUGAUGGAUCAUAUCGAAAGGGACUAAGACAUGGUCGUGGUUUGUAUGUUUUUAAAAAUGGUGCAAGAUAUCUUGGUAACUAUAGAUGUGGAAUAAGAAGUGGUUAUGGUAAAUUCAUCUAUCCAGAUGGGACUGUCUACGAAGGUAAUUGGCAUAAAAAUCAAAAGCACGGACAAGGAACGUACAUGUAUACCAAUGGUGAUACAUACUCAGGAAGUUGGUAUAAAGGCCAACGUCAUGGAGUUGGAAUAUACAAAUGGAAGGAUGAGGGAGUGUAUUUUGAGGGCACGUGGAAAAAUGGAAUACGUGUUGGUCCGUGUGUUGUUCAGUAUCCAAAAUGGAUAUUUCAUGGUUGUUGGGAUUAUAAAUAUCCCCAAGGACCAGGAGUUUUUAGUUUUGACGAUAAGCACAUACUGCAUGGAUACUACAGAUCUGAGUUACUAUUUCAAACCAAAACACUUCAAGCAUGCGAAAGAACACUUGAUAAUGCUCGUAGACACUCGGGAGAAGAAAAUGAGGAAGAAGAAGAGACAAUGAUUUAUGUUGAAGAAGCCGGAGAAGAAACAUCUAAAACUGAUUUGGAUGCUAAGCCACCAAUAUGGAUUUCACAAAAUAUGGAUGCUUUUGAUUAUUCACUCUUACCGCAGCAUCCUGUUCCUUUGCCAAUUGAUGAUUCAGAACCAUCAUUAUGUGAUUUAGACUCUUCAGUGGAGGCGAUUACUUCCGAUUUCGGAGAAACGAGUGGUGUUUUGUGUGGCCAUGAGGAAUUAGAGGAAGAAGACAAUCGUGAAGUUGGGUUGGAAGAAGGCGAAUCUGAGAGCGAGACUGAUUGUGAUUUGUAUAAUGAUAUUAAAACGGUGUAGACAAAAAUAAAAUCUUUUUCGAUUAGAUAGUAGUUAGAAUUUAACUGGAUUUUAAAUUUUGGUUUGUAAAAAUACAGAAUUUUAG